AUGGAGGGAGACAAGGGUCAAGGCAAUGAUCGGGACAACAGGUCGCUCAACGGCUUCCAGCUCAAUCUGGAGGUGGUGCUUGCAGCUUCACAUGCACCCAGCAGUGCAGCAGCCACCCGAUCAUCUCAGCAUCACCACGAGCACCUGAACGUAUCUGUGCCCAUGCAUCGGGCAGUCCGCAUCCCCCAGGGCCACAUAAUGUACAGAAGCGAAGGCCUUCGGGACAGCAGGGGUUGUCCUCCAUCUGGCAAGCAAAAGAAGCGUCAGCUUGAGGGCAGUCAGCCUGUGCUGGAUGUGCGAGAUCUGCUGCAUUGCGCAGUUGCCAAUUGUUCGCAUAUGUGUAGCUAUAGGCCGGGGUCAGCUUGCCAUCCAACACCUGGCUGCAGCAGUGCCUGCAGGGGUAGUGAAAAGGGAUGCAGGUGGCCUGUCCUGGCCGAACAACAACCCUGUGCCAGUGAGUAUCGGGGGAUGCGUCCCUGCCUGCCGCUUGAUGAGCAGGCCCAGCCAGCAAAACAUGCGCCCACAGUGCGCUCAAGGUUUGCCAGGAGGCGCGCCGACAAAGUGCCUCCGGAUCCCACCAGCACGGACCACACUGCCAUGGAUGCACUGGAUGACCACUGGGCUGCUGCGCUCGACGUGGGACCCAGCGGGGAUGCAGCUGCCCUGUACAGCGAGUUUGGCAUCUCUGCAGAGGCAAGACGCUACAAUGAGCCGCCACAAUCCCAGGGAAUUGGCCCCUGCAACUGGCGCGCUUGCGACCUGAAUCUUACUGAGAUGUGGCAACCUUCAGGGCCUGCCACGGCACCUGAGUUUGGGCAUUCAGUGGUCGACAUCCUUCCUGACAUGUUGGUCGCUCCCCAGCAUGGCACUGCGAAAGUGCUGUACAGCAGCAAGUCCAAGGGUUGCGAUGAUUACGACACGUUUCAGAGUGGCUGCCACCUGCAGGGGCAUUUGCCCUCCCGCCCCUCUGAAGGCCCCAGGCUGCACAGCGACAUGUGCUUGUUGGACUCCAGGGAGGCAGAGAACCGGCUGUGGGACGAUGUCAAUCACCUAGCACGGGACUACUUUGGGAAUUCUGACCCGAUCCUGUACUGCAGUGAGGAAAGACUCUCGGAGGCGCGGCAGUGCCCAGAUCCCUCAAGCCAGCAGGUGCCGAACGACCCCAGGGCCCUCGCAGGUAAAGGGGUCCGGGCCACGAUGUCUGGCACCAGCUGCAGCAGCAACUGCAACCUGGCUUGCACAGAGAUUCUGGAGCUCACCUCCAGCCCACCUCCCUCCACCGCCAAGCGUGAUGUGGAUCAGCACGCCAUGAUGUCCAUGUCGCAGCGGUGGUUUGCUUCAGGGCCAGGUGAGGCCCGCAUCUUUGCACACAACUUGGAGCAGAGGAAGAGGGCCUGGAGGCGAGAGACUCACAAGGAGAUGCAGAGCGCAAAUGUUUACCUGGCGCAUGCGCAGCUGCCUGGUGGGACCAAAUAUAUCUCUGUCACAAGGGAAGAUGUGCUGUACGAGAUCGGUGUAUCUGUUGGUUUCUCUGGAUCGGCCAUAUGUCUGGCCCAAUCCUAUCUUUUGCGGCUCGAAAUCGAGGUCAACAAGGACGACAUCAAGGAGUCGGAUUUGGUGGCGAUUUCUGUGUGCCUUUUCCUUGCCUCCCAGGUGUGCGACCCAAUGCCGAUCACUGUCCUGGUCGAGAUGCUCCAGCGCAUCACCGAGCGUCUUGUAAGCAAGAAGGAGGCUCGCAACCUGCAGUGUGAGUACCUCAUCCAGCUGGACUUUCGCUUGGGUCCAUACUUUCAGGUCGGUUGGAAUGAGGCUGGCAGCGAUGACGAUAUGGUCCUCACCUAG